CCUACAAAACAAUAGAACUUUCACCUAAACAUUCACAAAACUGCAACACACCCCAUUCUAAACAAAAACACGCAAGCACUGACGACUCAAAGUUGAAGCAUGUAUGCUCCAGCAGACAUGUUUGCUCAUCUAGGUUCCACAAUAGGUGCCUUGGUGUUUGUGUGGACAAUCUUUCAACAAUUUUUUCCUUACCAAGUUCGAAACCACAUCGAAAAAUACUCACAGAGAUUGGUGGGUUAUGUCUAUCCUUACAUCCAAAUUACCUUCAAUGAGUUGACAGGAGAGCGUCUGAUGCGCAGUGAGGCCUAUUCCGCCAUUGAGAACUACUUGAGCUCCAAGUCUUCAACGCAAGCUAAGCGGCUCAAGGGUGAUAUCAAGAACAACCAGUCUCUUGUUCUGAGCAUGGAUGACCAUGAAGAAGUUGCUGAUGAGUUUAAAGGAGUCCAAGUCUGGUGGGCUUCUGGUAAGAACAUAUCAAAAUCUCAGACAUUUUCUUACAUCCCAGUUAAUGAUGAGAAAAGGUACUACAAGCUCACUUUUCACAAAAGAAAGAGGGAUCUCAUAAUUGGGCCUUACUUGGCUCAUGUUUUGAAAGAGGGUAAUGCUAUCAAAGUGAGGAACAGGCAAAGGAAGCUUUAUACUAAUAAUGGGUCACACUGGAGCCAUGUGGUUUUUGAGCACCCAGCAACAUUUCAGACACUAGCUAUGGAGCCAGAGAAGAAGAAGGACAUCAUUGAGGACUUGACGGCAUUUAGCAAAGCUGAAGAGUUCUAUACAAGAAUUGGGAGAGCUUGGAAAAGAGGGUAUUUACUUUAUGGCCCUCCAGGUACUGGGAAAUCCACAAUGAUUGCUGCCAUGGCCAAUCUCUUGGGGUAUGAUCUCUAUGAUCUUGAAUUGACUGCAGUCAAGGACAACACUGAGUUGAGGAGGCUGCUGAUCGAAACAUCAAGCAAGUCGAUCAUCGUAAUCGAAGACAUUGAUUGCUCACUUGAUCUCACAGGCCAAAGGAGGAAGCAGAGAAAGGACAGAGGGGAUGAUCAGGAAGAGAAGGAUCCAAGGGAGAAGGUUCCUAAAGAAGAAAGGGAAAGCAAGCCUAGUCAGGUCACUCUUUCUGGGCUUCUGAAUUUCAUUGAUGGGUUGUGGUCAGCUUGUAGAGGAGAGAGGCUCAUAGUAUUCACAACUAAUCAUGUUGAAAAACUUGAUGCAGCAUUGAUUCGAAAGGGAAGGAUGGACAAGCAUAUAGAAUUGUCAUAUUGUAACUUUGAAUCAUUCAAGGUGUUGGCUAGGAACUACCUCAAGGUUGAAUCACACACUCUGUUUCCCACAAUCUGUGAUUUGCUGGCUGAAGUUAAUAUGACUCCAGCUGAUGUAGCAGAGCAUUUGAUGCCCAAGACACUUUCUGGGGAUGUUGAAAUCUGCCUGAAGAAUUUGAUCCAAGCUCUUGAGGCUGAGAAAGAGAAGAAACCAUCAACUCAAGUGGAAGCAAAAGAUCAGGACAAUGAGUCAUCUGAUAAGAAAUAAAGGGUUUU